AUGAGAGGAAAGAGAUACAGAGGGCAUGAUAACUAUGAGCGGAAAAGAAAAAAAAGAGGCAUAGAUAGAAACAGAGAAAGGGAGGAAGAAGGGAUAAGUCAUUCAUCUGCAUUGUACUCGGAUGAAUCCGCUGCUUCAAUCGUAAGAGAAAAGGGAAGGAGAAAAUAUUAUACUUCUAGUGACUAUUCGGACGAAGAAAAUAAGACAAAUAAACGUACAAGCAGGGUUCGUCGAGGGUCAUCACAUGACAGAUAUGAGAGUAGCAGUUGUAGUAGUAACAGCAGUUAUAGUAGUAACAGCAGUGAUAGUAGUAACAGCAGUGAUAGUAGUAGUGGUAGUGAGAGUGGUAGUGGUAGUAGUAUUCGUGGUAAUGUAAGUGGUAGUAAUAGUAGUAUUCGUGGUAAGGCCAGUGGUAGUGGUAGUAGUAUUCGUGGUAAGGCCAGUGGCAGGCGCAGUGACAGCAGCAGUGAAGACAGACAGAAAAGGAAAAGAAAGAACAAGGUACAUGACCAGGAAAGAGAGAAAGAGAAACGAAGGAAGCAUGCACGGAAUAGAAAGAGAGGAGACGAGUUAGUGAAGAGAGGAAAAGAAAAAAGAAGGAAUAAAAAAGAUAAAUGUAAAGAAAAAAAGAAAAAAAAAAAAAAGGAAAGAAUGAGGGAAAAGGAAAAAGAUACAAUGACUGUUAAGGAGCUAAAGAGAGAAAGAGAAAAUUUAAUGAAACGACAUUUCAACUACACGGAUGAGUGUAAUCCCUUUGGGGAUGAUUCCUUAUCCACUCCCUUUGUAUGGAAAUUAAAAAAUAAAUAUGAAAAAAUAAAAAAUGAUAACAUAAUGAAAAUUACAACAAAUAGCUUACUACAAAAUUGUGUCUCUAAAAUUAGUGAAAUUGAGGAGGUUAAAAAGAGAAGGGAGGAAAGGGAAAAAGAAAAAGCAUUACUAGAAGACUACAAACUACAAUUAGAAAAGCAAAGAAAUCAAAUAAAUGUUAAGGAGUAUCUAGAGAAGGAGCAAAUUUUUUUUAUUAAUCAACAUCUACAGUCAUCCACGCAUAGGAUUACGCAUAACAUGCUGCUGCACUCGGACAUCUUUAGACAAGCUGUUCAUAUAGUUGACCAACGUGAUGUUCAGAAUGUGUACGUGCCGCAUUUUAGGACCCCCUUUUAUGUUAUCUUGGAAGGUUUAAAAAAGAGAGAGCUGCAAAAUUGCACGAAACAAGUAAAACUAUUUCUACAACAUGACAAACUAUUUAAUGAAGAGAAAUAUAAUAAAUAUUGGACUUCACUUCUUUUUUUUUGUGAACAUUAUUUAGAAAAAAUAAAUUCGCAUGAACAUGAUUCAGGUAAUACAAGAACGAUUGAUGAUGAUAAAACGAAUAGAAAAAUACAAGUUUUUUUUGAAAACAAAGAUUAUGAUGAGCUAGUCACAUAUGAAGAGAAAAUAAAAAAAAAAAUUAUUACAAACGAUAGUGAUAACUUUGAUAUGACUUAUUGGAAUAAUGUACUGUUGAAAAUUCCCUUUUAUAAGGCAAAAUAUAUCUUAGACGAUUUUCACAAAACAUUAAGUUUGAUGCUCUCCUUGAAUAACCAGGACGAAGAACAUUACAGGUUGCAGGAACAUAUGGACAAAGCCGAUCACCCUGUACGGGAGGAGGAAAAAGAAAAUAUGAAUAUCUGCUAUGAGUGCAAAAGCCCAUCUUUGAUAUCGCUUGAACAGUUGGGCAAUGACGAAUUGCAUGUUUUUAACUCGGAUGAAGAGUUAGAAGACAGAAAAAAAAUUAAUGAAAAAAUUUUAAAAAAAAUAAAUGUUUUGAAUAAUGAGAACAGUAGUAGUAAUGUAACAAUUUAUGAUGAAACAGAGAAAGACAAAUCUAGGGACAAGCGAGAAUACGAAUUAAAUAAGAUGUUUAGAAGAGACAAAGAAAUAUAUGAUAGCUUUGUUCAGAGAGAAAAGAAGAAAGGAAUAAAAGACGAAAUAAUUAUGAAGGAUAUGGCAAAUUAUGCUGAUAUAACAAGUACGUUAAGAAGUUCUUUACUAGUAACAAGAAAACCACUUUAUUUUAAUCGAAUUAAAACAUCCUUUGACUGGAACAAAUAUAAUAAGACACAUUAUGAUUAUGAAAAUACUCCUCCUAAAUACAUUUGUGGUUAUAAGUUUAACAUCUUUUACACAAAUCUGUUAAACAAGAAAGAGAAACCAUCGUGGAGAUUACAUCCAACAGAGGAUGAAAGCAAAGUGUUAAUAAUAUUUCACGCAGGAGUACCCUACUUAGACAUUGCUUUUAAAAUUGUAAAUGCUGAAUGGUCCUAUGAUAAGCACAGGGGUUUUAGGAACGUUUUUGAUAAGGGUAUUUUACAGCUCUAUUUUAAUUUUAAGAAAAAAAGGUACAGGCGAUGA